UAACUUGCGCCUGCGCAGUCCUGCGUGUCUGACCUUCAUAGGAGUAACCAUGUUCACCAGGAGCAGCUUGUUGGUGUUCUCCCCACAAUGUGGGCAGGUCAGGAACAUGGCAACCUUGAAGGACAUCACCAUCAGGUUGAAGUCCAUCAAGAACAUCCAGAAAAUCACAAAGUCCAUGAAGAUGGUGGCCGCCGCCAAGUACGCCCGUGCUGAGAGGCAGCUGAAGCCAGCACGUAUCUAUGGCAACGGAGCUAUGGCUCUGUACGAGAAGGCCGAAAUCAAAGCCCCCGAGGACAAGGCCGCCAAGCAUCUGAUCGUCGGUGUGACCUCCGACCGUGGACUCUGCGGCGCCAUCCACUCCGGCGUGGCCAAGACCAUCAAGAGCGAGAUCGCCAACCUGACCGGCGCCGGCAAGGAGGUGAUGGUGGUCAACGUGGGAGACAAGCUGAGAGGUCUGCUGCACAGAACUCACGGAAAGCACAUCAUGCUGAACUGCAAGGAAGUCGGCCGCAAGCCCCCCAGCUUCGGCGACGCUUCCAUCAUCGCCACCGAGCUGCUCAACUCCGGAUACGAGUUCGAUCAGGGCGCCGUCAUCUUCAACAGAUUCAGGUCUGUCAUCUCCUACAAGACGGACCAGAAGCCCCUGUUCUCCACAGACACGGUCGCUAACGCAGAGACCAUGGGCGUCUAUGAUGACAUUGACGCCGAUGUGCUGAUGAACUACCAGGAGUUUGCUCUGGUCAAUGUCAUCUACUUGGCCCUGAGGGAGUCCUCCACCGCCGAGCAGAGCGCCAGGAUGACCGCUAUGGACAGCGCCAGCAAGAACGCCUCUGAGAUGAUCGACAAGCUGACCCUCACCUUCAACCGGACCAGACAGGCCGUCAUCACCAAGGAGCUCAUUGAGAUCAUCUCCGGAGCCGCUGCUCUAUAAACGGGUGAGAUGUUCCUUCCCAUCGCUUGUAACUCUUCAAAGUACUUCGGACGCGUUUGCUGUCGAGAGUCUGAUGAACAUUUGUGCUUCUAUUUGUAAAAUAUAUGGAGAAAAUAAACCUCUUACACAGAACAGCUACCCUUUCAUCAGUCCCUAUAUCUAUCUAUCUAUGGUUCCUCACAAUAAAUUCUGAUGAAUGUG